AUGAAUAUUAGAUCUAAGGCAGAAAUCAUAGGCGUACCUUCAUAUUUCAGUAAAAUACUCGGAGUUGCAAUGAACAGUUCAAAAGAUGCAGUGGUGUUUAAUAACACAACAACAAAAAACCCUUUACAAGAUGAAGGAAUUUCUGUGCAAGAGUUUUCGGAAAAUUACUUGAUCGUCAUACGUUAUAUAAAUCUUUUUUUCUGCUGUACAGCGGUGCUUGGAAACUCGAGCAUUCUACUGACCAUUUGGAAGACAUCAUCGUUGCAUUCAGUGUCGAAUAUUUUAUUAUCAAGUCUCGCUGUAUCAGACCUAAGUAUUGGUUUGGUUGUCCAACCUAUUUUUGUAGCUCAUUUGGAAAACUUAGCAACGACUGAUGGUUUACUCUACUUCAAUAUUUUGGGUAGCGUGUCUUGUACAGUGUCUUUCUAUUCCGUUACAGCAAUAGCCGUGGACCGUUUGCUUGCUGUUCAACUGCAUUUGAGAUAUGAAGCAGAAGUUACACCGUUUCGCGAAAACAUAUUGCGCGUAAAAAGAUUUGUGAGAUCUGCUGUGAAUAUAUUUCUAAUAUAUAUCUUGCUUUUGAGCUGUUAUAUGCCUUUUGCAGUUUACCAUCAACUGAUUUUUGUCAACAGAGGAUAUGCCGCGUCAAAUGUUUAUAUCACAACAAUGACAUUGGUUUUUCUCAACUCGUCGCUAAAUCCGUUAUUUUACAGUUGGCGAGAUAGCGAAAUAAGGACAGCCUUAAAACAAUUUUAUGGGCGAUGUUUUUAG